AUGAAGGUCCUGGUGCUCCUUCUCCUGCUCUCUGUGUGCUCCUCGCUGGCGCUCGCAUGGCAAACGGACACGGGCUCCGUCUCCGGGGCCGGCCGGCCGUACCACUACGGCGAGGAGAGCUUCCGGCACUGGACGCGGUCGCGGCAGGGACGGUUCAGGGUGCUGGAGCGGUUCACCCACGAGCUGCUGGAGGACGCCGUGGGCAACUACCGCGUCGCCGAGCUGGAGGCCGCGCCGCGCGCGUUCCUGCAGCCCAGCCACUACGACGCCGACGAGGUGAUGUUCGUCAAGGAAGGCGAGGGCGUAGUCGUGCUCCUCCGCGGCGGGAGGAGGGAGUCGCUCUGCGUCAGGGAGGGCGACGUCAUGGUCAUCCCCGCGGGCGCCGUCGUGUACUCCGCCAACACGCACCACUCGGAGUGGUUCCGCGUCGUCAUGCUCCUCUGCCCCGUCUCCACCUCUGGACGCUUCGAGGAGUUCUACCCCAUCGGAGGCGAGAGCCCGGAGUCGUUCCUCGGCGUCUUCAGCGACGACGUAAUCCAGGCGUCGUUCAACACUCGCCGGGAAGAGUGGGAGAAAGUGUUUGAGAAGCAGAGCAAGGGCGAGAUCACGACGGCGUCCGAGGAACAGAUCCGGGAGCUGAGCAGGUCCUGCUCACGAGGAGGCCGCAGCAGCCGCGAGGGUGGUGAGUCUGGUUCUUCUUCUUCCAAGUGGGAGAUCAAGCCGUCCAGCCUCACGGGCAAGCGGCCGACCCACUCCAACAGCCACGGCAGGCACUACGAGAUCACCGGCGAUGAGUGCCCGCACCUCCGGGUGCUCGACAUGAAAGUCGCCCUGGCAAACAUCUCCCGUGGUUCUAUGAUGACGCUGAGCUACAACACCCGUGCCCACAAGAUAGCCAUCGUCGUGGACGGCGGCGAAGGCUACUUCGAGAUGGCGUGCCCGCAUGUCUCCGGCGGCCGGUCGUCGCAGCGCCGGGAGCGCGAGCGCGGCAGGAGGGAGUGGGGCAGAGAGGAAGAGGAGGAGCGGGAGGAGGAGCAAGGUGGCCGCGGGCAGAAGUCGAGAAGCUACAGGCAGGUGAAGUCCCGCAUCGAAGAGGGCUCCGUCAUCGUGAUCCCGGCGGGGCACCCGACCGCGCUGGUCGCCGGCGAGGACAAGAACCUCGCCGUCCUCUGCUUCGAAGUGAACGCCAACUUCGACGAGAAGGUGUUCCUGGCGGGCAGGAACAGCGCGCUGCAGCUGAUGGAUGGGCCGGCGAAGCUGCUGGCGUUCGGGGCGGACGACGAGGAGGUGGUGGACCGUGUCCUCGGAGCACAGAAGGAUGCCGUCUUCCUGCGCGGGCCCCAGAGCCGCAGGGUCUCGUCGGCGUAA